AUGGAUAUGUCUAGCUUAAUAUCGUUCCAGUGCACUGUACUAGAGCCAAGGUCACUCUAUUCCAGAUCUGGUGUCACUUAUGUUCUAUCAGUUCAAGAAGGCUGCUUUGCCAACUUCAGUUACCCUGAAGCAUGGGAAGAUGAGGACAAUGGCAAGGAUCCGGACUUCUGGCGUGGCGAGGACGUGUUCACGCUUGUUGGAUCAAACCGGGAAAGACACAGCCGCUUAAGCAUGAUUAUUUCCUACAGAUUCUCGGCUCAGGCCAUGGUUGAUCAACAAUACAUCUUCCAAAAAUACGCGUCUCUGUUGCUGGACAAGCUACACAAGGCUUGCGCUUUAGAUCCUCCUUUCAGGUGCCUUGAUGAAAUGAGGUAUCAUCCAUGGGUCAAGCUGAUCUUCAUGUAUACCAAGGGCAUUGCGAUAUCCACUGCUAUUAUUCGGUUCCCAUUCGCCAAUACUCUUAUCCAGUUGAUGACACAAUAUCCAGUUCACCGAGAUAUGGAAGCCCACCACGACUUCACUGUAGCACAGGUUGCUGAGCGUAUGGCCCACAAGAAUCCUCGCCCGGAUUUUAUUGAACCGAUGAUCCGAGCACACGAAGAAAACGAAGUGACUAUGACAGAAAUUCAUGCGAAUGCUCACAACCUCAUUGUUGGCGGAUCCGAAAAGACAGCUACCAGGUUGAGUGAUGUUACAUAUCUCCUUGCAACCCAUAGAGAUAACCUACAGAAGAUGUACGAAGAGCUGAAGGCAACAUUCAAACAUGAAGAUGAAAUCAAGGUGGUUAGUUUAAACAAACUUGAGUACAUGUUUGCAGUUUUGCACAAGGGGCUUCGCAUCUCCCCUGCAGUACCGGGGAUGAUUCCUCGCAAAACACCACCAGAAGGUAUUCAGAUCGGCAGGGAGUUUGUGCCUGGCAAUUUUUGUACAAUCGUCGGCGUAUGGCAAUAUCCCAUGUUCCAUAAUCGCAAUUAUUUCAGAGAUCCCGAAUUGUUUGUCCCUAAACAGUGGACCGGAAAUGAGCGAUACCAAAAUGACAGAAGGCAGGCCUGUCAGUCAUUCGCAGUUAGGCCGCUCAACUGCAUUGGAAAGAACCUCGCCGAUGCGGAAGUGCGACUUGUGAUGGCAAGGCUUGUUUGGAACUUCGACCUCGAGAUUGAUCCCCAAAGCAAGCAUUGGAUGGAGCAAAACAGAGUCCACUUUCUCUGGCAGAAACCCGAACUGUUCAUUCGACUGAUUCCUCGGAAAUGGGAGACUAUGGUCUGA